UUGAGAAAUAAAGAAAAAUUACAAGCAUUGAAGUGCUUUCGAAUAUCAAAAAAAAAGUGUCAAUUUUAGCAAGCAUAAAUAUAAUAAUUUUAAUACAAGUAUAAAAAGUGCAACUGAAAAUUUUAAGAAACAAACAAACAAGAAAUAAUAUAAAAAAGUUGGAAAAAGUUUCGAAGUGCAGAGGUAUUGCUCGAUUUGGGCUUGGAAUUUUUUAGUGUGAUGGAUAAUCGAUUAUUUUUGAAAUUUCUAUGUCUCACGCUGCUCGCCGUUGACACCUCAGCACAGACACAAAAUGAUUAUAGUGAGGAGCCGCCCGAGGGUUAUUAUGCUUUCGUAGAAUCGCCAAAUGCCGUGCCACCAAAAGUGCGUCCACCCCCCUAUACGCACGUCAGUGCCGAUUGCAAAAAUGUAGGUGGCAAUAAGAAGGCCGCUGUGUCGGUGAACAACAUUUGUGGGGACCUAAACAAGGGGCAAAUUCCUCAAAAUCCAAUGAGACAAAAUGUGCUUGGGGAGCCAUAUCCAUUUGAACUAAUACGCAAUCAAACGCUGAAGUUUUUAUCCAAAACCCUGCCAGUGCUUAAAGCCGAUGACACAUUACCCAAGGUGACCCAAAUUAUCCGCGACGAACCAGUCGAGCAGGUGGAGAACAACAAUAUCGAUCGUCACUACAAUGCACGUGCAAAACGGUCCACGCCACCACAGCCACAUAGCCAGCCUCGAAAUGAGGGGCAUGAAUUUAGCUAUUUCGAUCCGGCUUUAGAUGAAGAACAGCGCGCAAAUAGCCGUGCGGCCGAGGAGCGAAAACCACGCAAGUUCUGCGAUGGUGGUGGAGUUUUCUGCACUUUGUAUCGCGCCAUACAGGGCGAUACUUCGACCACACCGCAAGCUACCGCAGAACGGCGCGAAGAAAUCGGACCCAUACGUUAUGAGGGUCCACCCACGCCGUGUCCCGCCAAAGUUGAGUACGCCACACCUGUGUUUGCGAAAAAUUAUCAGGGCUUCUGGCGAUAUGUGGUGCAAAUACCGUACGAAGGUUAUUUCACACAGACUGUCGAAGUGACCCGUUGCAUACAAGCGCGUUGUCAUUACUUAGAUGGCGGAUGUUUGUCCUCACCGCGUUGGGUUAGUCUGUUGGUCGCUGAAAUUUUCUACCCAAAUGCAGAGGAAGCCGUGCCGACUACGUCCACAACCACGCAAACACCAUCCGUACAAGACUUCCAGGCAUAUCAGCAAUAUCUGCAGAAACGUGCUGGCGUAGCCACAGCCUCUGAUGCCACAAACCAUAAUAAUGGCGCUAAUGCACCUGAGUUUAAUCAGCACUGUGAUGGGCACGAUGAGAUCGGUUGCUUCCAAGUGCGUCUCUACUAUGAUUGGUUUUUGAUUCCAGGUUCAUGCAAAUGCUGGCGUCCGGACUACUUUGCCAAGUAUGUGCGAAGAAAGUCUGUGGCGGAUUUGUAAAUCAGCGAGUAAAGGUCAUUCAUCCAUUCCGACAAACAUACGAGUAAGAGAUCACUUUGGGAGCUUUACUCGUAUUUUGAAGAGGAGAGAAAUCACAAAAAAGAAAUCUCAAACUAUACUUAUGUCAACUUUCCUGCCUGUUAAUCUUGCAAUUAUACAUAAAUACGUAUAUUUACAUAUACACGUACAUAUAAGAUAAUGCUCUGCAUUUACCAGUUAGUUUAAUCUAUUAAAAGCGAAAGCGUUAAGUGAAGUUUCCAUUCUAAAAUUCCAUCUACAUAAGUGCGGGUACUGAAAAUUUAAAUUUAUUUUUAGAAAUAAGGAGUUUUCAGAGUUCUAACUUCGCAGCUACUAACAAGUUAAUUUAAGCUCUUAUAUAAAUCUGUAUAAGCUAGUGCUGGAGAAAUGUGCUACUCCACUGGAUAUGCAUUUAAUUUUAUCAAUUUUUAUUAUUUACGAUGUAAGUACACAUGUAUCGCAUGUAGUGCGUUUCCCAAAUAUUAGGCGAAGUAAACAGUUCUGUAUGUUUCGGCUAGAAGUCUUUAGUGAGCCACAUCUCUCUAUACAAUAAAUUGCAUCGGUUCAUAUUUGUACUAUAUGGCGAUCUCAAUGUGAUAUUACGCUUCAGAAAAAGCCCUUCGAUAGUUUCGUGCUUGACACAUCUAAUUGUGUGUUGCAGUGAUAAAAAAGACAACAUUCGAUACACUCUUCAGCGCUACUACGAUCAAGAUGAAAGACGGAGUAGCCAAUUUCAAAAACUUGUGCUUCUUAUGGUACCAAAAUAGUAUCGAAUACAACAGCAUAGCGCCGUAUCCAACGAUUCCGUUCUGGUGGAUCCAAUCUUCAAAUAUGUUAAUAUAUAAAAUCGAGAUUUUCGAGUCGAACCGACAUAUGGGCACCUAUCCUAUUGACCAGAAAGUGAACAUUAGUAAGGAAAUCGUUUGGAAUCAUUUGUGUAAAAAUAAUUAUAACUUCAGUGCGCUGAUUUUUUUAUAGCAAAUAAAUAACGAAUGCUCGAAAACUUUAUACAAGAAAACAUCCAACGCCGUCAGCAAAAAAAUGUCAAAAAUCAACAGCUCCUUCAAACUUACACUUUAUUAUACCAAAAUUUAGUUUUCUAAAAAACUACAUACCAAAUAUUUACUAACUGUAAGACACAUUUUUCUAAAAAUUCUCAUUAAAAGUAUGAAAUUUUGGUAAAAGUUUCUUAAAUUUUUUUUAAUUUGCACGAAUUUCGAAGCUUGCAUUUACUUAUAUGGCUUUUGUACAAAAAUGCACUAUAUUUUCAUAG